CUCUCUCUCUCUCUCUCUCUCUCUCUCUCUCUUUCUCUGAAAAUGAAUCUCUAUCCCUUCCAAAAGAUCUCUUUUCUCCUUGUGAUCACAAGUACUAUAUGCCUAUUGUAUAUUCCAAGAUCUUUGGGUGAGAAGGAUGAUGAGCAAUACCUCAACUGCAGCGCUUCGUUUCAAUGCGCAAAUAUUCCGAAUAUUGGUUACCCUUUUUGGGGAUCAAGCCGGCCCGAUUAUUGUGGCUACCCGGAAUUCAAGUUGAACUGCACCGGGGACGCCCCGGUGAUCUCAUUCCAGGACGAAGAUUAUCGAGUCCUGGAUAUCAACCAAAGUGCAAGUAGUCUCAGAAUCGCUAGGGCAGACUACUGGAACAACGUUUGUCCUGUGUCACCAGGCAACACCACAAUAGAAGUAAACCAUGUAGAAUAUGCUUCAGAUGUUCAAGAACUACUGCUGUUCUAUGACUGCCCCCCACUCAGUAUUCCUCUUCCAGUUCAGCUAACAAGUCAGUUCAACUGCAGCAUAAACAGCACUGCCAAUUACAUCAAUUACUUUGUCACACAAAACCUCACGAAUUCUAGGCUCACGAAUAUUAGUGGUACCUUUGGAACGUGCAACACGACUAUCACUACCCGCGUUUCGCAAUCAGCGAGUGUGAAUUUGGCUAUGAAUUCAACCAAGGACAAUCUAGUUGCUAAUCUUGAUUCCGGGUUUGGGUUGAAAUGGGAUGCAAGUAAUAACUUGUGCAAGCAAUGUGACGAAACUGGUGGUCAGUGCGGGUACAAUACAUCUACAACUGAGUUCACCUGCUAUUGCAAGGAUGGACCUAAUCCCUCAAACUGUGCAGGUAUGCAUGAGCUUGUAAUCUUUUUGGUCUUAAUUCCUUGUCUUUGGGGCUUUUUAUCAAACACCUACAUGUCAUAUGUGGGUCGUUUAGAAUCUUUAUGCUACUUUCAAUCCCUUCACCAUGGAAAACUCUCCUACUUAGCAACCAAUGCCAAAGGGCUUUGGCUCGGGUUAGAGAGUUGUAUAGAAAUCUAGCGUUUAGGCUAACUACUUCUUGAUUCCUCUAUAUUUUCUUUUAGUAUAUAGUCUGGUCUAGAAACAAGUGAGGGGCCAAAGAAAGAUUGGGUUUUUGAGUUGGGUCUCAGAAGAAGAUGAAGUUAGAACUUUCACCUAUACCAAACAUUUUCUUACUCCUUUCACAUAGCCAUGGAAAACCCGUGCGGCAUUCCAUUGGAAACUUCAAGUUGGGUUCUUCUGGUAUUUUAAUAUCAUCUCCCCAAUUAGCUAGGCUGGCCAUUUCCAUGCCAAAACAAAACCGAAUGAUUCAUACCACGUGUUAUGCUUCAUAUGUUCUGACUUCUGAGUUAUCUAGGCUGCUAUGACAUUUACUAUAAUGACCUUAUCUGAAUUUAGAAACUUGUAUGAUUUUGUUUAGCUUUUGGUCUAGUCACAACGCACAGAAAAUUCCCUAGGUACAAGUCAAAGAAAUUAAUUUCCGUGUUUGAUUUUUGUUGAUUGAAAUCACACAAGCAUGCAUGUUUCAUACAUUAAACUAUUAAAAGGUAGUAGGUCCAUUUAAUAAAUUCUUGAUAAAGAUUGUUCUUUCAUAAUAUACCUUUAUAAUAGCUACAGUUCGUCAAUAAAACAAAGCUUUCAUUUCAUGUGCGCGGUGGUUGUGCUUUUUUUUAUUAAAUAUAUAGUAUUUUAGGGACUGAAAAUGUCUUACUCCACUUGCAUAUGCUAUCAUGAAUACUUAAUUGCUAUCCGAAAAAUGUUCUGGGAGUUGUAGCAGUGUGUGUGAUUUUAGCAUAUUAUCAUCCCUCUGAAUAAAAAAAGUCUUAAAAACAAUAUUAAAGAAUCUUCAAACAAAAGUAAAAUAUAAUAAUUUCUGUCUCAGAAAAAGGUGGUCGAUAAUUUGAUAUAUUUACCUGAGAAAAAGUAUAUUUACCCGGGAAAAAGGUAUGGGUGUAGUAGAAGUUUUCUGCCUAAGAAAAACAUGCCCAAAAAUUGUAUGAGA